UCCUAAACUGCAUUUGAGAUCUUAAAUAAUAUUGAUAAAGUACAAUAGAAGGCCAGUCUCCUGCUAAUCUGAGGCUUACUUAACCUUAGAGAGCUUAUAGCUAUCUCUGCAGCUGCAACCAAUUGGCAUGUGUGUGGCAGCUCUCACUAGCGAGAAAUACCGAAGAUAUGCUUACAUACUCCCUUCGUCUUAUUUUAAAUAUAGUUAUGGAUUUUUGCAUCUAACGUUUUACUGUUCGUUAAACUUUGGGAUACUAUAGUACAUAUAAUUAAACUGUACUAGUAGAGACAACCAGAGAAACGGAGGAGAGGCUCUCUCUCUAGCUACUACCUCACCAUGGCCGUCUCCUCUUCUACCUCUACCUGCUCCAGCUUCUCUCUCCUCCUCCUCCUCCUGCUCCUCGCCGCGGCGCCAUGGCGGUCAGGCGAGGCGGCGGCGGCGGCGGCGAGAGCUCUCAACUUCACAAGGCAGGAUUUCCCCGGGGAGUUCGUCUUCGGCGCCGGCACGUCGGCAUACCAGUAUGAGGGGGCUACCGAUGAAGAUGGAAGGAGCCCAAGCAUCUGGGACACUUUCACUCAUGCAGGGAAGAUGCCGGACAAGAGCACCGGCGACAUGGGCGCCGGCGGCUACCACAAAUACAAGGAGGACGUCAAGUUAAUGAGUGAUACUAGCCUGGAGGCAUACCGGUUCUCCAUUUCUUGGUCUAGGCUUAUUCCAAGAGGAAGAGGACCCGUCAAUCCGAAGGGACUCGAGUACUACAAUAGCCUGAUAGAUGAGCUAGUCGAACGGGGGAUUGAGAUACAUGUGACUCUCUACCACCUGGAUUUCCCUCAAAUUCUUGAAGAUGAGUACCAUGGCUGGCUCAGCCCAAGGGUCAUUGACGAUUUCACGGCGUACGCGGACGUGUGCUUCAGGGAGUUCGGCGACCGGGUGAGGCACUGGACCACCAUGGACGAGCCCAACGUGCUGUCCAUCGCCGCCUACGACAGCGGUGCCUUCCCGCCGUGCCGCUGCUCGCCGCCGUUCGGGGCCAACUGCACCGCCGGCAACUCCACCGUGGAGCCGUACGUCGUCGCCCACAACUCCAUCUUGGCUCAUGCCUCGGUUACUAGGCUGUACAGGGACAAGUACCAGGCUACACAGGAGGGAUUCGUUGGCAUGAACAUCUACAGCUUCUGGAACUACCCUUUCUCCUCCAGCUCUGCAGACAUAGCAGCAACUCAGAGAGCCUUGGAUUUCAUGGUCGGUUGGAUACUGGACCCCUUGGUUUAUGGGGACUACCCUGAAAUCAUGAAGAAGAAGGCUGGUUCCAGGAUUCCAUCCUUCACCGAAGAACAAUCUGAGCUGAUCCGUGGGAGUGCUGAUUUCAUUGGAAUAAAUCAUUACACGUCGGUGUACAUCAGCGAUGCAUCGAAUGGCGAAACGGUGGGCCCUCGAGACUACAGUGCUGAUAUGGCAGCAACCUUCAGAAUUUCGAGGAACGAUACGCCGAGUGGUCAGUUUGUCCCUACUAGGCUCCCAAGAGAUCCGAAGGGGCUGCAAUGUAUGCUCGAAUACCUCAGAGACACAUACCAGGGCAUUCCUGUUUAUAUUCAAGAAAAUGGUUUCGGGCAUUUCGGUAAGGACGACGAUUCACUCAAUGACACAGAUAGAGUGGACUACUUGAGUAGCUACAUGGGAAGCACUCUAGCUGCACUAAGGAAUGGAGCCAAUGUGAAGGGUUACUUUGUGUGGUCAUUUCUUGAUGUGUUUGAGCUGUUAGCAGGAUACCAUUCGCCAUUCGGCCUGCAUUAUGUUGAUUUUGAGGACCCCAAUUUGCCAAGGCAGCCGAAGCUCUCUGCUCACUGGUACUCCAAGUUCUUGAGGGGUGAAAUUGGGAUAAACAUCGAAAGCACGAUUAGUCCCGAUGAACAUGAACAUGAACAUGCUGAUCAAUGAGCUUAUCGGGAGUGCAUGAUGUUCAGCUGUAGGGGAUGAAGAAAACACUAUCAUAGUGUUUUUUACUACCUUUCUAUUCUUCUUUCGUUUGUGGAACAUUUCUUUCAUAGGAUUCUUAUAUAAUUAGUCAUUACUCACAGUUAGGUGUUUACUGAUGAGUUAUAUUCUCCUCAUUUGUAGACAGUCAUGUUCUUAUUGUCAUGGCUCAUUACAGCUGAAUAGAGAAAAUCGGAAAUUUGCCAAA